AUGGAAAAUGUAUCCAAUAGUCCAAUUCAAAUUGUACAAUCAACACUGAUAUCUGUGAAAAGUCCAAUUGAUAUCCUCAAGUUUGACCCAAAAGCCUUUUCAGCUGGUAAAUCACCAUCACAAAAGGAUCGGCUCAGAGUAUCUUCAAUUGUUGGUUUCAUCAACUCCAAUCAUCCAAAGAUUGAUGAGCUUUAUAUUACAGAAAGAGGGACAGAAGAAGUCCGGAGGACAUUCAAAGAGAUUGUAAUCUUUAAUUUGAAGAGGUUGAUAGCUGAAGAUAAUAAAGCUCAGAUUGAAGAAAAAUCCGUCAAGAUGAAAGAGCUCAACAUUCCCGGAAUAGUGGAAUUCAACAAGAAGCUCAAAAAAUAUGACUUGCGCAAUGAUCCGGUGAAUGAGAUAUGGCUAAGAAGAGCGCUUUGGUUCAGGUUUUGGAACGAGAGAGCUAAUCUUGAACUCUUUGAUGAUCUCAAUCCAAAACGCUACCAGAUUACUUUCAAAAGAAAUCUAACUUGCUUGCUACUUUUUGUUGAAAUGAUUGGCUUGGUACUUCGUCAAUUCCUCAAGAAUGAUUCAGAUGAUCGAAACGACAUCAAUUCAAAUCUGCUGAAAAAAGCGUAUGAUAUAGCCUACAAGUAUCCUCGACCAUACAGUUCCAAAGCGGUAUCAAACGUUUCCAAGUUAUCUAGUGAUCGAGUGAGAUACCCUGCUAAUCGGCAGCUUACAAAGCUAGAAGUGGUAUGGUAUUGGACCCGAAUCUUGAUUGAUAGUUCAGACCAUGAUGAUUUGAAAGAGAUCUUUUUCCCAAAAUCUCCCAAUGGUGGUCGAGCCCCUCAAAUCUGCGCCCAUACCCAAGCUUUCUUCAACAAUAUCUUUGGCUACUCAAUCCAACAGCUUAACAAAAGGCUAGCUGCUUAUUACGAGCACAAGGACCAUUGCAAACAGGACAGUUCUGGCGGAUGUUUACACGGAAAUCUUGUUUUCUUUUCCUCUUGA